AUGGCUGACCCUCCAGGAUGGACACACCUUCUGUUGGAGUCAGGCCAACUGGACAAUCUUCAAUCUCCACUCCGGGGCUCAGCUCGUCUCAGGUUCACAUGUCUUUCUGUGUCUGUCAGAUUCAUAGCAUUGGGUAGUAACACUGGAAAUGUGUAUAUCUUUGACAGACUUACUCAGAAACAUCUUCAAGUUGUAUUUCCAGAAGUGGAUCCUGCUGCAGUGAAUGUUGUGUCCUUAUGUCCAAAUGAGAAGUUGGUGGCCUUCUCAACACUUAACGGCCAUGUGAUAGUAAUGGAGAUGAAUGUUGAUAGACGAGCUCGGCCUGAGAGAUUAAAACUUGUCACAGAGCACAUGAGAACUACUGUUACCUGUAUACAGUGGGAACACUCUGGUGGUAAAAUCUAUGUGUCUGAUGUUACCGGCAAAGUUUCCAUGACUGUUGUCCCCAAGGUGAAGAAUCUGGUGGUGAUGCCUGUGGAUGUCAUCAUGCGUCUUGAAUCCGCGGUCAUCCAGAUGGACUGGUCUGAUAACAAGCUGUUGGUUUCCACUAUGACAAGAGCCUACUGUUGCAACACUUUAAAGGAGGGAGAGUAUGGUGCAUGUUUCUACAAGCUCAGUAAGACGUCCUUUCCCAUGAUGUACUGUGCACGACCAAGUUCUCGGGUCUGGGAGGUAGACUAUGAAGGCAAUGUUCUCAGUACGCAUCAGUUCAAACAUCUACUAGCUACACCUCCCAUCAAAGUGAUUGACAUCAAUGAUAAAGAGUGGGUGACAACACCAACAUCAGAGUGGGCUGGACAAGGAAUCAACUUGCCUCGUCUGAAAAUGUUUGGGUCACAGUAUUUGCUGAGCUGGAAAAAUAAUCGUGUAUAUAUUCUAAACCCAGUCAAAGUAAAAGUCAUUCUAUGGACUGAAUUAGACACGGGUAUCAAAGAUCUUUGCACAGUGAAAAGUGACAUGUACCUGUUUAUGACUAGUGGGGAGGUGCGGAGGAUCCAGAUGUUUGCUGUGUCACAGGUCGUCUCAAUUCUCCAGAAGAAGAAUGUGACAUUGGCAGCAGAUUUGUGUUGUAAAUUUCAGCAGGUGCUUCUUAAAGGGAAGUGGAGGAAACAUCUGUCUGUGGACAGGUUACAGAGCAUUCAGCAGCAGAUCAAAGGAACAGACUUGGAGAAUGAUUACAACAUCUUUAUGGUGGAAGCUUCAAAAAAUGAUGUAGAAACUAUCUCAGAUGAAGAUGAUAGUUCUGAGACUGGAAGGAGCAGGUCAAGUAGCUCAGCCUCUGUUCAGAGCUACAGCAAAGUCAUUAACACAGUCAAUAGGAUGUCUACUGAAGAAGCCAUCUUAGAUUGUGAUGUCACUGAUCAUGAUUCAAACCAAGACUUUUCAGCAAUUUUUUCUCCGAACGGUGAAAAUUUCAGACAAACGGAUGAGGUGUGUAAAGAGGAUGGUGCUAAUAGUUAUUGUCAUAGUGAUGCAGACAAUAAACAAGACAUAAACGAACAAAUAGAUAUUGAAAAAUUACAUACUGGGUCAAAUUCACCUGAGUUGCAAUCUAAUGAAGUCAUUGUGGAAAACAAUAUUGUCACGAAGGUGAACAGGGAAGAAUUUGGAGACAGUCACCAUGACAGAAGUUGUGAUCUUGGCCCUAGUUGUGACACGGACAUUGAUAGAGAAAUAAAUGGGAAGCCAUCAUUACAGAUUACAAGUGCCUUGGUUCAUUCGGAACAUAACAAUGAUGAUAAUGUUGCUGCAUCUCCUCCUCAAGAUGAGAUAGACAACACCCUGCCAGUUGAAUCACACAAGAUCUUGCAGAAUGAUGAAGAUCUUGCCCCGGUGUUAGCAUUGAAUCAGAGUUCGGAAGUUUCCACUUCUCCUGGCAAGGUGAAGAAAAAGAGAAGAGUGAAAACAGUGAACCUUGGAGUUCCCAGCACAGACAACAAAACUAAGCCUGUACAGAAAGGGACCAAGUCUGGUGGAGGGAUGAAACGGUCUGUGAGUACCAGCAUAAUUGAUGGAGCAUUGAAGACUACAGAUUUCUCACAGAGGAGAUUAUCACUGGAUAUUUAUCAAGAUGAUAUUUUUUCUGAAGAAAGAAGUCCCUCACAGAAUGUAGAAAAUAAGACAAAUCUAUUGGAUGAAAGUCUGCCAGAAUCUAGUUCAUUGUCCUCAGAGGGUGUGACAUUAACAGAGGGAUGUGGCACAAUAUCCAGCACAUCUGCUAAAUCCUUGCACAAUGGGACUCCAGCCGACAAUAGAAAGACUGGUGGCAUGGUGAAGGUGAAAAGUGAAUCUGACAUAGCAAGCAACCUCAAAAUGGCUCAUUGUGCACCUCCAACCACACAUACUGGUGACAGACCCCACACAAUCAUAAAUGACAGGAGUGAUGGAAAAGAGACGGAGUUCUCAAACAGUUAUGAAAGGAAAUCAGCUGAAUUUAUGAGCAGUUCAGAGAGAAAGAAUGCUGACCUGACAGCAAGUCUUGACUCCAGCAGCCUUGGGUCGUCCCCCUCCCAGAGUCCACUCAGUCAGUCAUGGGAGGGACCAACAGCAGGCAGUCACACAAGUUCCUCCCCUAAAGUAUCACUCAGCAGUAUGAAGGAUAGCUUACAGUCUAGGUUCUCUGUGACCAAGCGUAAGUUUUUGAAGACAAUUAAGGAAAAAGCUUUGCUGACAAAGUCUCCAUCACAGGAAGACUUGUCAGGGAUGAACUUUCUGCCAAAGCCUCAUUCUGGUGAUGACCUAUUAACGAUGGACUCUGUAGCAAAUAAGGGAAAACCAGUCUUUGGCAGUAUUGCAGAAAGUAGUGGUGAACAAGUAACAGCGAACACUGAACCACCUGUGGAUUUAUCAGAGUUAAUGGCUAAGACUGACAGCACACUGAAGAUACUGCAGGACACUAAUGUAGUGCUAAAUAGUGCAGCAGUAAUGGACACUCUAAUGAACUGGGUGACUCAGUUAAACCGAACCCUACAGGUUUUACAUACUAAAGUUUACACUGACCAGCUAGCAGCAAGGACCCUAACAGACAGCAGCAAUAAAGGUCAAGUUCAAAACAAAGCACUUGAUAAUAACACUUCAGGUGAUUUGAAGGACGGGGGAUCGCAGAAAGAUGAUGGAAUAGAGAAUGUAACUCUAGAUCCAUAUAGCACGGACAAAUGGACAGAGUGUUGGUCAAAUACAGAAAGUGGACAGACAACAGAUCAUUGUGUUGAAAGUGAUGCAAAACCCAGCAAGUGA